CACUUUUUACACGAAGUAUUUACAUACAUUCGUUGUUUUCAUAACAAAAUGAUUCCAUGACAUCUUGGAACAGUCAAAAAUUGAAAUUUCAUCCAUGCACCCAUCGAAUCACCAAAAUUAAUCACGGUUUAGCAAAAUUUGCACAGAAUGAUGAAUUGCGCAGUUAUUUUCAAAAAUGCCCUUCGAUUCGGUCUGUCCAAUUUCAAACUGCGCAAUUGCAGGUCACUGCAGAGUAAAGCCAAGCAAAAUUACUAUGAAAUACUUAAUCUGAACCAAAAUUGUAGCAGCAGGGACAUCAAACGUGCUUAUAUUGAUUUAUCAAAAAAGUAUCAUCCGGAUAAAAAUGGCCAUGUUGAUUCUCAAAUGUUUCUGGACGUCUCCGAAGCUUACAGUGUACUAAGCAAAAAAGAUCUUCGACGGGAUUAUGAUUUAGUGAUGUUUCCUCGACGAAAAAUGAAACGUGAUAUGUAUUAUAACCAAGGCAUAAACGAAAUCAAAUUCAAACGAAAUCCAAUGGAUGAUCCAUCGUUUUUCCGAAACCGGGACAAGAGUAAAGAUAAAUUCUACGAAUCUAAACCAUAUUAUGGCAUCAAGGGACUGCCUCGCAUGUCGAAUUCUGUGAUUUUAGUUGCGGUGUUGUUAAUAAUGGCUGUGGGAAUGACUGCACAAGUUUUAGCAAUCCAAUAUUCUGUGACCUUUCGAAGGGAUGAAUUAAUGUACCAAUCAAAUAUGGCGAAUCGAAGUUUAGAAAAGGCUAGGCAAACCGCCGAACAAAACGGUAACCAAAUGCAACUCGCAAUUCUAGAAGAGAAAUUCCGUAGUUUAGAAUAAAUUAUCGUAGAACCAAAUUAAGCAUGUAAAUAUAUAAAUUAUUGACAUAAAAAUAAAUUCAAGUUGAUUUUCGAA